AGUUAAAUGCGCGUAAGCGUCCAGCAGCAGCAGCGCCUCAGAUUGAGCAGCAGCAGCAGUUAGCUCGAUGGCUAACGAACAGCGCUGUUCACACAGAUACAUGGCCGGUCUAGUCAGUGUAACGUUAUCAUUUAAAUGGGCGUUUCUCCUAUAACGCCAGCCAAACCAGGAAGUGGAUUAAUAAACACGGCGUGUGUGUUUUCUGUCAACUCCCUACUUUGAACGGACGACGAGAGGACGGCGGUUUGGAGCUAACGUUGGUUAGCUAGCUGAUGUUAGCCUGCCAACGCAAUGGUAAGUAACCGUUAUUAGUGUUAGCUUUAACGUUAGCUCCGGUGACAAGGCUAAGUGUCACCGUAAGGAGACAGAAAAUCAACUUCUACCCGCUGGUCAGCGUCGGUGUGUGGUUUCACUCUUAUGCCGGUGGGUUUCCGACCUUUUAUGGGCCGUAAGAAUAAUGCUGUUUUUAAAGCUUCCCACCUGUAACACUGAUAUGACCAUUUGCAGAGAUUGUACCUUCACCUCCUCUCUUCUCUCACUCACUCACUCUCUCCUAAAUGCAUCAAACCCACGGAGCUAAGUUUAACAGCUGCUUCCGAGCGGGUCCGUGUUUGUUUGGAGUUCAGACUGUUGCUAUAAUAGUUCUCAUGUAUGUCUUGAAAGGCCCUGUCAGAGGUUUUUUUUAAUAAGACUAAUGUCAGCUGCUUCAUUUUGACUAUCUCUGACUUGGACUGUGACAAACACCGGUCUCCCAGCUCAUCAAGAGUUCGCGGUUUAGGGAGGUAGAUGUGACUACUUGCUUUGUUAUUUGCAUAUUUCAUAUAGCUUUGCAUUUACUGAUAUAGAUAGAUAGAUAGAUCGACACUGUCGAUCUCACAGCAGCAACAAUCAUCGUAAGGACACACAAUCGGUUUGUGGAUAUGAAACAUUCAAAGGUAAAAAUGCAUUAAAAACAUUUAGAGACAGAAAAACAAGUCAUAGAAAUGAACUUGGUUGUGUCUGUAGCAGAUUUGAAAAUUCAGCAUUUAAAGUAAGACAUUAUAGACAUUAAAAAGCUAUUAAAAACUUGUAAUAAUUCAUGUGGUGUUACCAGAAUCAGAAUUACUUUAAUAAUCCCCUGGGGGAAAUUGCUUUUGUCACAGUACUCCAGCGCAAAUACAGUAAAAGAGGAGAUAAAUAAUAGAUAGAAUAAGUAAAAAUAUAGAGCUAAAUAGAUAUAAGUAUAAUAAGUAAAAAAUACAGAGAUAAUAUACAUGUAUUUACACUAUAUACAACACAAAUAGUAAAAUCGUAUACGUGUUACUUCUGCAACUCAUUGAUUAAUUUACCUGCCUGUCAAAUUAAAAAAGGACCUUUUAUUCAAUGGAAAGUUGCAGACAUAAGUCAAAAAAGGACAUGCUUUGGUGACAGUAUGUAGCUUUAGUUGUAAUCAUGAGGGAUGAAGCUAUUUUCAAUAUCAUUUCUGAUAGAUUUUUAUUGAUUCAGCAGCCCUUUUAAAUCUAACCCUCUUAAACACAAGAGUAUUUUCUUUUAAUCAAAUAAGUGCUUCAAAAAUUGCUUUAAAGUUGUCCACUGAGUAGGAAUCAGUAUUCAGCACGGAGCCCAACAAUAGCUUUCUUUUAUGAAUAGCAUAAAUACUGUUUUACUGUUUUAUUAUAAUUUAGUUAAAUGCAUAAUUCAUGAGAAAAGCAUCCAAAUUAAAACUUUAGAAAUAAAGAAUAAUUACAAGCAUAAAAAGGCUAUAAUUCAGCUCAGGUAUAGUGUGUGGAGUUUGGCAGUAUUUUGCUUUUUAUUUUCGUUCAGAGGUUUAAGUGAUUGUUGCCUGAAUAUCAAACUCUUUUUUGGUUUCAGUCUCUUAGAAUGAGUCUCUCAUAUCCUCAUAUGAACAGGAAAGUUCCCCCUCCACAGAUGCUGCUAUCUUGCACCACCUUAAUUUUGCAGUAGUACAAAAAGGAUAACUAGCAAGUGGUGCAUUUUUAAAUUUAGUGCGGCCACCGCUUUAACGCUCUGGUAAGAUGAUGGAGAAGAAUAAAACAGCGGUUGUAUCGUAAAAACUUGAAAAAGCCUUACUUCACCUUUUAGAUUAACAACAUUCAUGGUUUAAGUCUUCAGCCAGUGCUCAUGGCUCAAGAAUAAACCUGAUAAACCAGUUGUUCCAACAGCCCCUAAACUUAUUUGAUCUAUUGUGUUGACCUCAAAUGUGCUCUUCAGGAGUUGUUUGUAAAACAAUUAAAUUUACCAGCAUUAAAAAAACUGGUUCAUUUCCUACUGUACAGGGCUAUACUUAACAAUUCCUUCUUUCUUCCUUCUCGUCCCAUUAUUGUAGGUCUUGCAGUAUAAUUACAAAGUAGGCUCAACAAAAGCUGCUUUAAUGGUUUCGAUAUAACCAUUCAGCUAGUUGGGUGUUGUACUUGAUCACUGAAUUUCAGGAUUUCCUGUAAAACUACUUGGUGUUGGUUUUCGUUGAGCAACUGUAGAUCGAUUAUUUCAAGGUUAAUGAUGGAGAGUUAACAACCAAGUGAACCCCAUCUUUAGAUAAAAACAAAUAAUUCCCUUAACUAUUUGGAGCCCCUGUGUUUGUAUUUGUUGUGCACAUGGUAAUUUGUUUUAAAAAUAAUACUUAUUCCAGGAAGGGAGGGGUGUUGAGAUAUUGUGUUGAGGCUGUGGUACUUAUGUUUGGUGCACUCCUGCUUCCUCUGAGAGGGAAGGAAUAUUUAGUUAUGAGCAUAACCUGGUACUACCGGCUCUGUUUCAGUCAUCCGUGUCAACUGGGUCAAAUUAAAUUUUGCCUCACAGGUUUUCAAUGGCAUGAACACAAUGACAUGUAACCUCCUAAUGGAUAAUUUAUUCAUUUCAUACAUGACUAAUUUAGAGAGCGUCUGCACCCUUGUUUUUUGCCAGUUAUAUUUUGCCCCCACUACAGCAAGACACAUAUACACAGGCUAUUCUUAAAGCAAAUCCUGUGCUAAAAAUGUCUGUGUUAUGAGACGCUGAUGUCUGUGUUUAUUUCUAACACCACCAAUGACUGAUAUUAAGUAUCAGGCCUAAUUUUGCGGGGUUAUUCAUAGUAUUUUCUUUCACGCUGACAUUCUACUGCUAUAAUUAUUGUGGCUGUUAAAGGAAAAACAUAUGCCCAGAGAACAGGUUGCCUCCUUUGCCAAACGUAGAUGUCAUGCUCUAGCAAUAAUUUCCCUAGCUGAUGAUCACCUCACUGCCUCUUACUUAAUGUUAGACUUAUGUUUGUGAUUCUUCGACUACUGUUAAUGCUUCUUCGACUCAUCUUUGGACUCACUUGUAGAAUUGUUAGUUUUGUAGUCGUGUUACUCUUGUGUUUCUUUUAAGAUAGAUUUUAAGCAAACAGAGACAGAUUCACAAAACCCCGUUGUUCUUAAUUUGAGGCAUCUAAUAUGGUCACCUUCAUGUUUUAGGCCAACAGGUGUAUCCCAGAUGAUGUAAGGCAACUCUGCCUGUAGAGACCAAGAUGACUGAAGUCCAGGCCACAGUGGAGUUCUCUGUGGAGCUCCACAAGUUCUACAAUGUGGACCUGUUCCAAAGAGGGUGAGUAUUAUCUCCAUGACACUGAAUCUGGUAUUCCAGUAUGUUGCAACUCAUCAAGUCUUUACAAAAGGCAUUUCUUUCCCCCUUUUGUAUCUAGUGUCAUUUACAAAGAACAUACAUUACAUAACAGACAAGUUCUGCUUUUCUUUGGUUUGUCUUUGACUUGGUUGGAGAGCAUGUUUCAGUCUCAAGCUUGUCUGAGAAAGGGACCAGGAUGUGUCCUUUAUGUGCUUCUGCUAGUCUUGGACAACUGACACUUUACUUACUAAUUACCAGACAUAAUAGUUCUCCUAAUAGGUGACCCUUAAUGAACAAUGGCAUAAGUCUACCUCAUAAGCUGAGUUCUAACAACAGUAAAAAGCAUUAACAAUUCAGGCACCUCAGGUUUGCUCAGGCAAUGAAGGAUGGAGCUCGAAAAUUGGGGCAAAGCUAAUAUGUUUGCCCCACCUUGUGAAGUUGCUACACGCAGAGAAAGGAGCAGUAGAGAGAAGCUGUAGUUACUUCAAAAUGUGGCAAAAACUCAACACAGUAUUUUCCUUUUAUUCCACUACUAUCAUGACACAAACUUUGACAUACUGCAUAGCUCACACUACAAUUACAAUAACUACCUAACUGUAAAAUCUACGCACACUUGAUGGCCCCUUGUUGGAAAACUGCUUUGGAAUUCCUUUAUUUGACAUUUAUGUGGUUAAAAAAAUAAAAUCUGAUUUCCACAGAGAAAGCUCUUUGCAUUUAGGAAUAAAAUCCUGAUGCACUGUAGAGCACUUCUCCUCUUGCAGGGCUGCCCACAGUGCUGUCAGCUGAAGAGUCAAUCAUAGUAGAUGGGAGCCCAGCAAGGUUGUAAUGUAACCGCCGUCUGGUUCAAACAUGGUUAGGCGACUGCACAGACAGUCAUCAGCAGAGCAGAAAGUUUUGUGGUUUGUGGUCACUCUGGGACUCGGUAUGUUGGGCUUCCAGCCUCCUGCGGCGUUGCUUCUGCUGGGGUCUUUGUGAAGUGACACAGUUUUAAAAAAAAAAAAAAAAAGGGAAGGAAUAUGCAAACACUGUUUUGUAAGAAGAGCGUGUUUUUGCUCAAAAAUGACACACAAGACUGGUACCCUGUAGCUAGUGCUUCAAAUUAUGUCGGACUAGACAGACUUUUAUUGUAGUAUAGCAUAAUGCAAUACAUAAACUAUUGUGCUGCUGUCACUUUUCCAUUUUUAUGUCCUUCAACAACAAACAGGCUACAGCUCAGAUAGUCCUUUUUAUGAGACUGAUUUUUCACUUUCUGCUCCAGGAUCAUUCUGGUUGUGGUUCUUAGUCAUGUGUUGUGCUGUAGUUCCUGUCACACUGCCGAAGAGAAAUAAUAUCUCCCAUCAAUUAUAUGUGAUCCCUCUUUUUUCUGAGCUGUCAUAUUUCAUCCAAAACAAAAGAGGAAAAUUACUAACUCUUUUUAAACCGCCAAGCUUAAACUGUCAAGGUCUAGCAUUUGGAAAAUAGUUUUUGAGUAGGUGAUUUUACCCUAUGCUGAGAUAACACUCCUGCUUGAUGUUCCCAGCUCAUUGGUGCUUUAAGAGCUCAGGUUUACCACACAAUCGACUGCAAGAGAAAGUGCUCAUUAUUCAUUAAUGAAAGGUGUAGUGUCAUUUUACAAGUAGGGGCACUUGUCGCUGACCUGUGCGGUUUGUUUCUCUUCGGCCAGGUCUUGUAUGAUGCUCCAGACCAAGCUUAAAGUGCGAAAACAUUUGUUUGAAAAAUGUUCACUUUUUUUUUUUUAGGUUCUACCAGAUUCGUGCCAGUGUAAAAGUGCCACCCCGGGUCCCACACAAAGUUGAGGCCAGUCUGCUUCACCCAGGAGGUAAUCACAUUUCAGGAGCACUGUUUGCAAUAACCCGAUUUUUCAGCCUUGUUAAAUCUUUAAUGCUCAACGUUUUUCCAUCCACACAGCAGUCUUUGUUUCUGUACUUUGGUGAACCAAAACCCUGUCUCUGUAUUGUUCUCCAGUUGAAGUUAUCUUACUCAUAUUUGGAUGCCCUGUAGCAUGCACAUAGUCAUAUGCAGGUUGUUUCAUUUGUAGACAUAGAUGACAUCAAAUAGAUUUCAUUAGGACUUCAUAUACAUUGCAUAUUUUUUAGAGUUCAUGUUAGCUGUUAGAGAUUUAGUUCUGUGCAGAGAAGAAAGUCAUUCCUAUCGACUGUUUGCUUUACUUAUUGUUAUGUUGGGAGGCAGUUGACUAAUCCCUCAUGCCACUCCUCACUCUCAGUAUUUCUCUAAGGCACAUGCCUCGCCCCCUUGCUUAGAGACGUGCAGAGCUUCUUUCAAACAAAGCACACAGUUUCUCUUUAUGUGAGUAAACAGGAUCAUGAAGAGAGUGGGAUUCCCAAGCCUUGAUUUUUAAUUUUCUUCGUUUAUGAUCUGACUGACCUUUCUUAAAAGAGCGGGCAGAAACUCAGAUUAUUCUCUAUCUUAUGUCCAGUCCUGACUUGCUCUUGUGAUCAUAUCUGAUUUGCAACCCGAGCUAAAAUAUCCAACCAUUUUACUUGAUUUAACCGUCAGUUAUGUUUCAUGCUUUGAUGGUUCUGUCCCUGGUCACAUCACUAAGUUGUGUGUUGUAUAAUCUCUUGGUUUUUUAUUUGCAUAGUUAAUCAUAGUACUUUUCUUCCAAGGCUCUGAUCUGGCAUUUCCUGCUUCAGUCCAAGAUGAUGUAAUCAGCAGCAAAACUUUCCAAAUUCUGUACAAGAAUGAGGAGGUUGUGGUCAACGAUGUCCUCCUCUUUAAAGUGAUGAUGCUGCUCGACGAAAAGAAGGUAGGUUCAAGAAGGAGAUGUAGUUGUUUUUUCAGAGGUUUGUUUCUGUUUUGCCCUUGGGCUUUAGUCCACAGUCUGUGCAGUAUUGUGUAUUUGCCUAUCCGGGUGGCACAGUACUGUAAGAACAAAGAAGGUUCCGGUUUAACAGCCUGCUCACAGGCUGAGAUUGGCUGUAGACACUCUUAAAAUGGCAGUGAAACUCAGCACAGAUUAUGUGUGCAUCUGAUUUUUCACAAGGACUCACACCAUAGUAGAGAAUAGAUUAUUUUUUUUAAUGAUUUACCAGGGCCUUAACAUUUGGAGCGAAUUCUGGCUUUGUUCCAGCCUGACUUUGAGAUGUGUACCGGUUUGUGGUUGCAGCCACACCUACAUAAGGGACUUGACUAUUUACCAAAUGACACAUGCUCAAACUAAAAUGAUGCUUUUGUACCUGAAGAAGGACCUGCCUUCGCUCGAAGCAUUUAACUGUUAUUAGACUUACAAAAGUUGGGUUGAAAUUGAUCACAAGCUCUCUUGAAUUUUUAUAAGGUAGAGAUAAACAUCAUGCAAACGCUGUCACAGUUGGGGUUUUAAGUUCGAUGCAUGUUUCAAUCAAGCAUGCUGGCUGAAAGGGUUGCAGCCUCCAGAGACAGUCAGUGGAGACUUCAGCUGUGCACCACAACUUUUCACAGGACUUAGUCCAUCUUUUCACAAAGCCAACAUACUGGUAGAAAGUCAAUGCAGAGAGAUUUCCCAGCUGACUAAGUUGGCACAACAAUAUGUCUGCGUACCAGCAACAUCAGUGUCUUUUCUAGCUAACCUGGUUAUGCUUGCAAUCGGCAAGCAACUGUGUGAAUAUGCUUAUUUUUCUCUAGGAGAACAAGUAGGCAGAUGACUGCACACUGGGAGUCUGAAAUAUUUUUUCUGUUCACUUCUCUUGUUGCAGCUAUUCCACAUUUAGUACUUUGAGCCUCGCUUUGGAUGACUAUAUGUCUGUUGGGGUUAUUUUUACAAGGCCCGCACCAAAUGUUGAUAUUCAGCAUGUUACACAAUAUGUACACCUCCUUUAAGUUCUGUGGAAGUGCAAUGCUGUCUGCUGCAUUGUUUUGCUUUGGAAAAUAAAGCUGCAUGAUUGGGAGGAAAAAAGAGUAAAGUUUUGUUUUUGUCAAAAUAAUAUAUAUAUAUAUGUAUAUUUUUUUAAGUGGUAAUUGAUGAUCAAUCAAACUCAUUUUCAAAGAUGGGUGAAGGAGAAUUUGCAUCCCAAGUUGCCAUUCAUUUAUCCUCAGGGUAUACUAAUAGCAGAUGCAUUUAAUGUCAGAUUUUGUGUGACAGCUUAACAUAUGGCCUUCACAGUGUUUCCACAGUAUCUUUUUAUUAAGUCCUGUUGUAAUUGCCUUAGAUGACAGGACACUUUUUUUAAUCUAAAUUAAUAGUGAUGAGUAUUAUCUGUCUUUACAACCCACAUAAACAGGAUGGAAGUUUAGAUAUCCAUCAGAAGCACAAGUUCCUUGCAAUCUGAGAUGAAAUGAACAUUUUUUAAAACAUUAAUGCUACAUAACUGUCAGGAUAAAUAUUUUCUUAACAGUCCUGUGGAGUUGUGUACGUGCACAAAAGCUAUCCUGGGUUCAUGGCCCUAUGCUACGUGCUGUUCCCCACUCUCUGCCCAAUUUCCUACUUUAUCCUCUGUCCUCUUAUUAAAGGCAUAAAAACCCCAAAAGUAAUCUGUCAAAAAAUGCCUCAGUUUUAUUAUAUUCUCUACUUUGUGGUCUACUUUUAGAGAAGUCCUAAUGUGGGCCUGUGGAGGUUAAACUGUUCUGUCAGGUCUGAUAAGCUGGUUUUGACAGCGUAUAUACUCCAGUGGCAACGGAUUAAAACAACCAUAGGCUUUUAGUUGUAUUCUGUUUAUUGGAGCUGAUAUUUUCCAACAAGUCUCUUGAUAGUUUUGAUGCAGAUUCACUUGAGACACCCCUCAUUUUUACAGGCAGACUCUAAAUUUGACUGUCACCUCUGUUUCUCCUCAUCAUCAGGUGGAGGAGUCCCUCAAUGACAUGGACUUUCAGCUCCUCUUGGAUUUAUAUUUCACAGAUGGCGAUUACACGUAGGUGUUGUAACAUUUUAACUGGAUGUUUGUGAAUUUGAUGUUUGCAUCCCUUGAAAACGAGCCACUAAACUGUCUGUAUAAAUUUGACUUCCACAGGCCAGAUGAUCCGAGCUCUCUGCAGAACAUCAGCGGCCGCACACUUCGUUUGCACUUUAGCCUUCAGCGAGGCAUCCACCAACAUGUCAACGUCAUGUUCGACUACUUUCACCUGUCCGUCAUCUCUGUAGCCAUCCAUGCCUCCCUAGUGGCACUUCAUCAGCCCCUCAUCAGGUCAGAGUGCUGUCUCACCCACCUGACACAACAAACAGAAACAAUGCAACCACUUUGGCAGGAAAAGGCAUAUGAAGUUUAAAAGAAUGGUUGGAGGAUUCACAUUACAUUCUUGUCUUAGUUACCUGAUUUUAAAUUUUUAAUUCCUUGGGUUUCUCUAGUUUGCCUCGACCGGUGAAAACCACUUGGCUCAACCGCAAUGCUCCAGCGCAGAGCAAAGACUCAGUCAUCCCACCUUUGGAGACUGUUGUGUUCGGCAGCAGUUACGUCAAGCAAGUGUCACCAGAUGUAAGUGAGCUCUCUUUGUCAUGAGGACAGUGAGUUUUCUUUGCUUUUAUGUAAUUAUUAUUUGCUGAGCUAUGUAAAUAAGUUUCAGAGAAGCAACCAUUGUGUAACCCUUAUUUUUUAUAAGCAGUCUGUGUUAUAAUUGGCUAAAUUAAGCACAGGAUAAAAAGUAAAUGACAGCUAUAAGCCUUUAUAUAACUCAAAGUGAGUUUAGGAUUUCGCUCUUUUGUCUUUCAUGAGCUGAAAGGGGAAAAAAAAGCUUAUUCUGCCUGCUCGCAAUACAGGUUGUGCUUUGGGACACGGCUGUCGUCUCUGAUUGGACAGUUCUACACCUCAGAUAGAAUGGUGUUCCGUUCAUUGCACUUGAAGCCCAGGACUAUGUGUCACACUGUUGACAGAUAGAGCAGAAGACGAGGAAACUAUCAGACCACUGUCACAUUUGGCCAGGAGUAAUUGGCCUCUCCUGACAGAGGAAGGUGGCCAGCUAAAGCUUCCCUGGGAUGUAGCUGAACGUAGCAGAGUUAUCCAGGCAGAACAGAGGCAGUGGCCCUCAUCACUCCUAGUUGCAUCAAAGAUGGGCAGCAUGGGAAUAACAAGCUAUCGACUACUAUUCAUUUCACUGCAGGGAUCUUUGAAGAUGCUGCUAUAAAACAUUGUUGUCUAGCAUGAAUGAUAAUUGCAGUUUUUUUUAUAUUUCUCCGUAAAAUUGAAUAAAUCUGUGGAUCUGCUUCUUUACAUUAUAAAUUGUCAACCUGUUAAUGAACACGUCUUAUUUACCUCAUGUUUAUCACUACUAUAAAAUAUAGAAACGUUUUUUAUUUCUCAAAGGGGUAAUUCAGCUUUUUGGAAGUAGGUUAUAUGAGGUAAUUAUAAACUGUAACUCAGCACAUGUGCUGCUUUCAAAACUAAUGCAAAAACAAAAAGGCUUUCUGAUGGCAAAGUAAUGUGCUGGAAAUUUACCAAACAGAGCAUACACUUGCACUAAGAAUAAUGUCUUGGCUGGAGUUAAAGAGCAAGCAAGCUAAAUGGAGUUGUAGAGCUUGUCCCAUCAGCUGCAUUUGAUAGACUAGCUUCUGUUCCAGGACUGUAAUCACUUUCUCUACAAAGAGGCUGAACUGAGUGGAUAAUACUCUUACUAUUGACAAGCAUCUUUAACAACCCCACUUCAGAAAACCGAACUGUCCCUUCCACUUUAAGUGAGCCUUUACAUCUACAUAAAGAGUAGAUUUCCUUCCACAGAGGCUGCCCUACCCAUGUACGACUGUUUCAAUCUGGAUUCUGGCACAAUGUACCUUCAAUGCGUUUCACUAUCAAAAUAUCCAGAUUUAAUGUUUCAAAUAAAACAGACCUCAGUUGCCGUGUCUGUUUGUUUUUCUUUGCUCGAGAGCAUCAGUAAUAUUGUUUAAAAUUAUGAUCAUAUAAGGUCUCUUCUCUGUCCCCCUUUGAAUCCUCAGGGCAGGACGUUCUUGGUAUCUGACAGCUGUCUGCAGCACGCCUUCAGUCUACACCAUAGCCUUUGCUCCAACCUUCUCCAAGCCUACAAGGGUCUCUUUGACUACUUCACCUCUAUUACGAAGAACCUGCCCUCCUCCCAUCGUAUGGAGCUAGGUAAACUGCACUGUGGCUUCACAUCAACUCACCGCAGAGUUUGGAUUCACAGCAAUGAGUUGUUAUCCGAGACAUCAAAACACUGUUUGGUUCUGCACAAUGUUUAUUGAACCCUAAAGCACUGAGCGGGAACCAUGUCUCCUCAAGGUGAUACAAUGAUAUACCUUCUGUUUCAUUUUGCUUUGGAUGGAAUUUCAUUGCUUUUGUCUUUUCAGCGUUGCUGUUUGUUGCAUUUUGCAAGUUUGUUAUGUUCCCAUGUCAUUUCCCCUGCUCCCAACAUAUUAACCUAUUUUUCCCCUCAAACAGACCACACAGCCAGCUACCCUCUCAGUCUAAUGAACAAUCUAACAGCAGUUUAUUUAUCUUAGAUCAUUACACUGACUUACUAAAUCAUACUGUCUGUUAACCAGUAGAUGAAGGCCAAAAUUAACAGCCCCUAAACACAUCUAACUAUUAUGAGCUUAACCUUCUCCACACAAGUAAAAAGAUUUUAACCCAUUCUCAAGGAGAAAAUAAUAAAGAGGUUAAACUUGCCUAUAUGUGCAAUCUUACUAGCCAAGCCCAGCAUGCAAGUCCUAUAUGAGAGAGUACUCAGAAGACCCUAUCCCAGAAGUCAAAGACACGUCUACAUAGGUAUGUCCCGAGCCUACAGUACCUCAAAUAUUCCUACUUUUCUCUCCCUUUCUCUUUACUCCAGCUUUACUCUCCUAGAAAACGCCAUUUCCUCUCCAUGCCCCAUUUACAGAGACAACUGCUGUCAUUUCACUUUUUCCACACUGUCUGCCUUUCCAUCUUUAUAACCAGGCCGUGGUCACAGACGACCGAGGCCUGACUUUGGUCAUAUCACUUAUAAAGCACUUAAUAACUCCGGUGUUGCCUUAACACCACUUUCCGAUUCAGCCUGUGUAACAGGUUCUUCUAAAAUCCUCUUUUUGACUGACUAACUACAACCUCAAUUCAAAAAAAGAAGGGGUGCUUUGUAAAAUGUUGAUUUUUGAAGGUUUGCUAAUCAUUUAAAGACUAUAUAUAGCGCAAAAACAAAAUAUUGACAAACAUGUGCUCAUUUUGAAUUUGUCGCUUGCAUCAAAUUCACAGAAAGUUGGGACAAGGAUUUCAAAACACUUCGAAGGAUUGUGUAAUGCUAAAAAAAACACCUGAAGGUAGCAACUCCUGACUAAUUAUGUUAAUUUGCAAAAGGUUGGUGAGAUGAAUGUGGGGAAAAAAGAGCAUUCAAGGACAGCCAAGUCUCUCAAGUAAAGAUGAGAGGAGGUUGACACUGCGAGAGAGUACAUGAGCAAAUAGAUAAUCAUUUUCAUAAAAAUGUUCCUCAGAAUAAAAUUGCAAAGAGUUUGUGUGCAUCUGCAGAACAUCUUCACAUUCAAAGAUUCAGAGAGUUUGGAGACUCUUUGCAAAAAAGGAUGAUCUUUGGGCCCUCAGCUGGCACUGCAUUCAAAACAGACAUAAGCCUUGAGUGGAAGUAACUGAAUGGAUUUAAAAAAACAUAAUCUGUGGACAAAGUUUGUUACUGCUUUCAAAAAUACACGUUCAAACUGUAGCAUGUAGAGAAGAAACCAUAAACAUGAUCAGAAACGGCAGCAACCUGACAAGUAAAUUCAUUCCUGUUGUAAAUCAUGAAUGCUGCAUCCUCUGGACCUCCUUGCUCUUUAUUAGGGCACAGUUCAAAGCCAGCAGGAGCUCAUUGAUAUAUGCAGGUUUUGGAGCAUCACAUGCUGCCACCCAGAUAAUGCUCUUGUCUGUUCGAGCGAGACGUUGCUAAACCUCAUUCUGCAUGUAUCACGGCACAACACAAACGCACAAAAAACAACUUCAAAGGGGGAGUCCUCAAACGGUUGAGCAGCUGAAAUCUUGCAACAGGCAAGAAUAGAACAUUUCCCCUUCAAAACUCCUGAGACUGGUCGUCUUAGUACCCAAAUAUUUAGAGUCUUGUUUAAAAAAACAAGAUGAUGCAACACAAUCGUGAAGAUGUCCUUGUCCCUGUCUUUUGGAAACUUGUCCCUCGCCUCAAAUUAAAAUUAGCGCAUAUUUGCAAAGAAAGCCAAAGCUUUUCAGUUGCAGCAUUUAAUUUGUUCUCUCUGCAUUACUUUGAAUUAAAUAAAGGCUUUAAAUGAUUUACUAACCAUCAAAUUCUGUUUUUAUUCACGUUUUACUCAGUGUCCCAACUUUUAUGAAAUUGAGGUUGUAAAUCAUGAAAGGUAUUCUUAGUAAUACUGUUUCUCUGCCUCCUCAGAACAACUCGACCUAGAAGCCCGUCUAGCUGAUUUAUGCGACCAAGUCAAGGUAAGACUUGUUGGGUGCUGUUUUAUUUUUUCUUUCUUUCUGUCUGAUAAUUGUCCUUCAAAAGGCAAAGAGGGGAAACGGCUCGGUAGAUCAUCAAAGUAGUGAGGCAGGAGACAUUAACUGUAUGUAUGAAGCUCCCUGAUGGGUGUAAAUCUUUGAGGGGAUGAGUAUGUCUGUAUGACUGGAGGGCAUGGGCAUGAGUCAGUGAAAGUAUGCAGUCAUGUUGAGUGAUAUAAAUGAUAGAAGUGGUUGAGAGACUGACCAGGGUGUGUUGGAGAUAUCACUAAUUCUGUGGCACAAGUGUUGGGUUUCUUAUACCAGCAGGUUUUUGUAGAAAAGGUGAACCAAGCAGUACCAGCCUCUUUACAGGCGAAAGUACCCUGGAGUUUUAGGCUCAGGAGCUACUUUUCAAGGGAUUAGAAUUUCUCUCUUGCCCUUUGUUUUCUGUGAUUCCCUUGAGCGCCAAAGGCUGGCGAAGAUUUGGAAAACAAGGCUGCUGAGGAGAGGGUUUUCUGAAUGCUGCAAUAACUUGACCAAUUAAAAACGUGCAGCGCUGAGAGUCCUUAUAAUGUACAGCCCCCCCCAAGUAGAGACCUUUAGGGACAUAAAGUAAAGUCACAGAGUGUUUCCACUGCAGGGACUGAAGUCAAAACAAAGUCUCUGAGUAACAACCCAAACCCCUUUACCCUGGGGAAAGCUUCUACACUCGAACAUGCAAACCUGCAAACAGACAAGAAAAAUGUGUGCGCAGUCUGUGUAACAUUAAGGGGUGUUUUUUUACAGUUAGUAGUCUCAUGUUCAAAACUAUUCCCUGAGAGCAUUUUUGACUGUAAGUGAGAUGGGCUUUUAGUGGUUUGGUCCUUGAGGCCUGAGAGGUCGGCCCUCUUUAUAUCAGGAGUGGGAGAGAGAGCUUUGCAGAGCUGUUGAACGAUAGUGAUUUUUGUGAUAGUCGGGGUCACACAUUAUGCAGGUCAAAGGUCUCUUUUAUGUUUCCGUGUUACCAAAUUUAGUAUUUCAUUUUGCAUAUCAGGUAACAGUAGGUCAAGCAGAUGCAGGUAAGGAAAAAGAGUUUAUAUUUAUUUUGGAAACUGUGUGCAGAAUCAAGGUUACACAUAACAGUUUUUAUGAAUGGAUUAAUUAUCAGAAUUAUAUGCGAUCAACUUUGUUUUGAUAAAGAUUGCUAAAUCCAAAAUCUGACAGAAACUGUUUGAAACAGCCCCCCUUUGUAGAACCUUAUGUCAUCAUUUACAGUGCAGGUGUAGGGAAUAGAUGGCCACUUGAGCCCUCUGGUGGAUGACUUGUGUCUUUUUAAUUACAGCAGAAGGCCGAGACCCCCGACGAACUGGCAGAACUGGUUAAUAUGAACCUGGCUCAGCUCUGCUCUCUGCUCAUGGCUCUCUGGGGACAGUUCCUAGAGGUGGUGUCCCUGCAGGAGCAUGUUGCUGCCGUGCUAGCAAUGGAGCACCACACACUAAGAGUGAGUCCCAGCCUCACCACAUGUAUAUGAUUCACUAUAGCUCUGAUAACUGAUCAGAAGGAAAGUUAAUAGUAGAAUCUUGACUGUUUACUCAUUCACGUGGUGUUGUUGCAGGUCAGGCGGUUUGCUGAGGCUUUCUUUUGUCUUGAACAUCCAAGACAGUCUGCACUGGCCUACCAGGAACUACAGUAAGUUGCACCAGCAUGUUCAUCUUGAUUGCGAAACACAGUGUUGCUGUUAUCAAGCCUGUACCAGUAUGAGCUUGUCUGAAAUACGAUACCUCAGGUAUGGAAAACCUGACUCUUAUUUUUUCUCUUUCCGACUCUUACUACUUCCCCCCUCCUCCCCUCUCCUCCUCUUCACAGUGCUCACAGUCACCAGCAGAUGACUAAUGCUAUCAAAAGCUCCAGCUACUUCCUGUCUUUGCCUCCUCUUCCAGCGGAAUGUGCAGAUCUUGAUGGGGACGUCAGUUCCCUGCCGAUCAUCUUUGAGGACAGAUACCUGGAUUCCAUCACUGAAGGUCAGUAGCACAGAAUAGAUCAUACUCCCACAGUGGCCUGUCCUGGUGAUGUCACGCUUAAAUUUAGAAGCAAACAAAUUGUGAUCGUGUCCUUCUUGUGUGUUCAAAGGCGUAAACAUCUAACUUUGAUUAUCAGUCACGCUGCUGUCAUUUCUCAGUUCCUCAAUUGAUGAACACUGACACAGACAAUGAGCCAUAUCUUCAGUUAAGACAAACAUUUGACAGACAGCAUCACAACACAGCUAACGUUAACACAUUUCCUAAUUAACAUCUGUGUUUAAAAAAAAUCCCAGAGAAAUGUUUACGCAAGCAAAAUGAUCAUCUUGUAGAUGACUACUUUGGAAGCACUAAUGUCUAUACUGGAGUCUUUUCAUGAUACUGUACAGGCAGAUGUUGGUGCUACAGUUUAAUGAGUUCAUCAUUAGCUAGUGACAUGUAGACACCAACAUAAACAUUAAAAUUUUAAAGUAGCCAUCUGUAAAAAAAUUAUUUAACUUGUGCAAACAUUUCUCCUUUCCCGUCAUAGAUUUUAAAAUGUGAUUAUUUUUGGCUUUCUUGGUUUUCUGGUCUUUGUGGCUGGUUACCAGUUUAAGACUUGUGGUAUGACCACAGUGUGACAAAUUAUCAAGGUUUUCAUGGUCCACAAACUGAAAAAUAGCAUCAAGACAUGAAUGAUAGUUGAGCUUUCCACCCCAAGUAUGAUGUCAAUGAAGAUGUCCACUGUGGGAAAGUGGUCCGUCGCCACCUAACUUGGCCCACAGUUGAUGAGCUCUUAGGCUGUAAUUGAACCAGUUUUUCUUUUUCUUUGUCUUUCAUGAUACUAAACCUGGGGUGCCUCUUAAGAUCGGGAUGGACCCUGGCUGGGCGUGCAAAAUACAAGAGCCGGCUCAGUGUCCAGCAAAUCAGACAAGCCCAACUCCAAGGACUGCAGUGCAGCUGCCAGCCCAAUACCUGAGUCACGGUGUGCCCCUGUGGAUAAUGCCUGGCCAGACAGCUUUGAUCCACCGCCAAAGUCCAAAGGAAAAUCUGUUAAACUGAAGAAAAACUCAAAGACUGAGAACUCAAAGAAGCUGAUUAGACAGGGCUCUAAAGACUCUGUUGUUCUUGUGGGUUACAAGAACCUCAAAGCUCCCUUUAGUGACAGCAGCACCAAGUACAAGGAAGGGGGAGCUCCUCUGAACCAAGAAGAACAAGAUACCUUACAGGGGGACUCUAGUUAUUUAAGGACUAAUGCCAAUUCUGCUCUCGACUCUGGUGCCACAUCAACACGUCCUGGAAACAGUACUGUUGACUCUGUUACAGAUGACAAUGUUACUGCUGCUGCUUUUCUAAAAGGUGUUUUAAAAAAUCCAACCAAGUUGGACUCGCAGAGUAAUCCUCAGGCAGGUACUGGGGCUAUUGCUACAAGCAACCAACCACUUCACAAAGACGAACAAGUAGACCACAGUGGCAGAAAGCUGCCUCAGUGGUCCUCUGGACUGAAGCAGAUUGAGGUUAAACCAAGUACUAAGGACCCAUACCAAGGGGAUAAAGUAACAGUUCUUCUACCAUGUCGGACUGAUGGAGCUCUCAGUCGUAAUGUUCCCGAGAUAACCCAGUCAGACCUUUCUGAUGCAAAACAGUCUGUGGUGGACUCAGUAUUUGAAAGGCCGGGUAAAGAGGCUGCACAGCAAAGCCAGUCCGGCCUGGUCUCAGUAAAGGUGAAGAGUGAUUGUAUCAGGCUGCCAGAUGGAGCAGUCCCCAGUGCCUCAUCCCGCCUCUCAGAUUCAGGGAUUGAUAGUGAAUCCAGCUCUUUUGCCACUCAGUUUGUUGCAGGACAGCCAACUUGUGCAGGACCAGGGAACUUUGAAUCAGGUGUUGCUGCCACACAGCCAACAGAGAGGCCUCUACUGAGUCCGGCAACACGGUCUGUUCAGCACAGCUCUGUGCAGAAGCCUGGUGUGACAGCAGACAUGCUUUACCCAGAAAACACUAGUGUUGUCAGUGGAGUUCAGUCCUCUCUCACCUCCAUCAACUCCUUGCCCUCUGAUGAAGAGGGUGAAGGAUCCUCUCGAGGCUCCAGUGGAGCUGAAGUCCGAGGCAGGAAGUCAAGUGUCUUGGUGCAAGAGCAGUGUCUGGUGUUCUCUGAGGAUAUCGCAAACAGACCAGCAGUCGAAGUGACCUGCAACCCUGACUCUGCUCCAGGUGAUUCUAAAUUUACAAAACCUGCCUUGGACUCUGAAACAGACUCCAAACUGAUAGGCUUUUCUGAGCUUGGCCAGGAGGGAGCAGCAGGUUCUGGGGCCAGUAAAGAAUCUCGUAGUGAAACCAACACUGCUUGCCCCUCCAGUAAUUCUGGCACAAGUAGCACUGACCUGGUUAAACGUGGGAUGGUAGAGAACUACUUUGGCUCGUGCUCAAGCACUGAUGUGUCAGAAAUCAGCCCAGUUGAAACAUCUGCUAUCACACUAGGAAUCCAGACCGGGCCAGGACAGCCGGAGGAAGACGAGGAAGAGACAGAGCACGAGAUGAUUGAGAACGGUUACUACGAGGAAGGCGACGGCUACGCCUUCGUGAACGGCGUAGCUGACGAGGAGUGCAGUGGGGCCACAGAUGCAACCGCUCAAGAGACAACUCUUCUUUUCGAACAUCUCGGCAUCGGUUACCUCCAUGGAGCUACAGAUUUAUCAAAAGCUCCCAUCUGCUCCAAUCAAGCCUCCAGCAGUGUCGGGUACAGUUUGGGAAGGCCCCUCUGUCCCUCCACUUCCUUUUCCUCCAACCUGCGGUGGUAUGAAUGUGCACCCACACCACAGAUGAAAGCGUGAGUCAUUUUGCACUGUCCCACUUUAUAUGUUACGCUUGAUGCAGUUACUUCCUCUGACUCACACAUUUUGAAUUCACAUCAACCAUUUAACUUUGUGUGCAGGUUUAUUAAGGCCAAGGAAGAAAUGAAACAGCUGAGGCUACCUGGCUUCUUGUAUAGUGAAGUUCCUGAGCUGGCAUCUACUGUGCCGUACUUCAGCUUGGAGGAAGAUGAGAGCUGUGAGGAAGGCAUUCAUCUAAUCGUCUGUGUCCACGGCCUUGACGGUAGGAAGCUGUUAACUUUGACAGCUAUUUUAGAUUAGUGAAGGACAUCAAGCUCAUUGCUCUCCAAACUGCAUUAUUAUCUAUGAAAAUUAAGAGUGCACCAGAGUCAUGCAACUUCUCACUUAAUGUACUCUGCAGACGUCACAUAUAAGUUGACAUUGUCAGUGAGAAUUUACCUGCUAUGCACUUGCUGUCAGUACGUGGCAAAAUUAACUAUGACCCUCAACGCACUCAGCCUGUAACAGGAAUGCAAUGCUGGUAAUUCGAGUAACAGAUGAGGGGGGACUGUGAAGGAUUUUGAAUGUCUGGCACUCCAUCAGUUCAAUUUUAGUCCCCUCUCUUUAAUGAAACGAGGUAUUCAUCCGUCAAAGUCUUUACCAGUGAAGCAUCUGUAGCUCGUAAUCAUCUUGUCCUCAUCACUCAUGGAAAUAAUAGUCUUUAAUGAACAUUUAUCUGCAGAAUUGUCACAUACAAAUGAACACUGGGAUAAAGUAACCAGGAAACUUUCCAUCCAGAGUAAAAAAAGUUCUUGUACUCAAACAGAUAAAGUGAUGUUUUGACUGGUUGUUGCUGCAGGUAACAGUGCAGACCUGAGACUGGUGAAGACCUACCUGGAGCUUGGACUACCCGGUGCUCGAAUAGAUUUCCUCAUGUCUGAGAGGAACCAGGUGAAUGUCUAGCAUCGCUGUCAAAGAUAUCAGUUAUAAUGAGCUGCAAAUGCACCUCAGAGCGGUGUCAGUGCUUUUCAUUUAAUACUCUUCCUUCCACAGAAUGACACUUUUGCUGACUUUGAGUCCAUGACGGACAGAUUGCUUGAUGAAAUAGUCCAGUACAUUCAGAUAUACAACCUCACAGUGUCAAAGAUAAGGUAUAGAGAUUUCUUUUGUCUUUAUGCUUCAUGUUAAAGAACAUUUUCAGUUGAUAACAUGUAUUGUAUUUUCAAAAAUAUGGUAUAAAAUGGAAAAUGUAUCACCAAAGUUUAGCAACAAGUCCAAUUUUUUUCCAUUUGAACUCUAAGAUCAUGAUUUAGAUGCGUAUGGAGUUUGUUUGCUGUCUCUACAGUUUUAAAAGUAUUCUUCUUUUUCAGUUUUGUGGGCCAUUCCUUGGGGAACCUCAUCGUUCGGUCAGUGUUAACUCGACCAAGGUUCAAAUGUUACCUGAGCAGACUUCACACUUUCCUUUCUCUCUCUGGACCUCACUUGGGCACAUUGUAUAACAGCUCUGCUCUGGUCAACACAGGUGAGCUUCAUCUGCAGUAUUUUAACUAAAGGUAGAAGAUGAAAUUAUUCUUUUUCGAUAUUUCACUUUCUCUGCUGUUGUUUUCAAGGACUUUGGUUCAUGCAAAAAUGGAAAAAGUCAGGGUCGCUCCUCCAGCUUACGUGUCGUGAUCAUUCUGAUCCUCGCCAAACUUUCCUCUACAAGCUCAGCAAGAAAUCUGGUUAGUUUUGCUCUUUUUGAACCACAAAGAAUUCAGUCUGCACAUUUUAAAUAUAGAAUUAUAUGUUAACAAAUCUUUUGUUAUGCUUUUGCAGGUCUCCAGUUCUUCAAGAACGUGGUGCUGGUGGGGUCACUGCAGGAUCGCUAUGUCCCUUACCAUUCUGCUCGAAUAGAAAUGUGCAAAACAGCAUUAAAAGACAAACAAACAGGCAAGUAGAGGAAGUGUGCUCACAUCUUUCCAGGAUGUUAUGUGCUUGGUAAAAACAGAGGGUGCUCAGUUUUCAAUGCAUGAGGAGUAUGCAAGCAGAACAAGCUCUGACCCUUGGGCUCUGACAUAACAAGAAGGGCAGCAUGCCAUCUGGCUCCUUGCGUCUUAUUUAAUUCAUUUUCUCCUUGCUGUUUGGAUUCUUUAAUGCAGAUCAGAGCUCAGGCAGUGGAAGAUAUAUUUUCAGCUCUUGGUUUUAAGAAAAAAAAAAAAACGUUUUACUACAUUUUUAAUCCCCCCCCAUCAGGUCUCUAUCUUUCUUUUCCUCUUAAAUAACAGUCAAACAAAACAAAAGGCACUUUUGUGACAUCAGAUAAUUAAAUUCUUCCUCAACAUAAAUUCGACCAAACCUUUCUCUUACUGGUAUUUCCACUCUUUUCUUCAUCAGGUCCAGUGUAUGCUGAGAUGAUUGAGAACCUGCUGCUGCCAGUACUCCAGAACAAAGACUGUAAUCUAGUGCGAUAUGAUGUCAUCCACGCUCUGCCCAACACAGCCAACUCCCUUAUUGGUCGGGCCGCCCACAUUGCCGUCCUUGAUUCUGAGAUCUUCCUGGAGAAGUUCUUCCUGGUUGCGGGCCUCAAGUUCUUUCAGUAGAAUGAGUAAUGAAUCAAAAAACGUGGCUAGAGGAGCUACAUGUGGAGCCAAUACCUCACUGCAUCUAAACCUUAUUCUGAUUAUGGUAUUUGAAUUAUUAUCAUUUGCUUUUAUAAACACAUUUACUCUCUUUUUAAAAAUCAUUUGAACAAAAUCAGUUUAUUCUGUUUCGUGUUGGAAUCACGGUGGACACGGAGUUCGCUACAUUAUUUUUCUACUGCCAUUUUUAAAACAUUUAUUUGUUUUUGUUAGGGAAAUGAUUCCCCUUCAUAUGCUCUAUUUUCAGUGUUAUUUAUGUGUAAUGUUUUCACUUGUGAUUAUUUUCCUCCCAGUAAUGAUUUCAUUUUAGAUGCUGAACUGGAAAUGUAGCUGCUACAAAAAAAAAUGAAACGGCUGUUUUGGUGAGCUGGCCCAAGUCAAGUCUGCACAUACUGUCCUCACCAUUGCAAAUGUUUUCCCACCAGUUCGAAGAGAGACACUGCAUUGAUUUGCACCACAACUACAUUUUACAAGGUUUUGUACUGAAAAUGAUCAUUUGUACAACUUACUUUUUUAUCAACAAGUUUCCAUCAUUUGUAAAGGCAAAGAUUGCAUUUGAAAUAGGAUUGUUGCUCAGACUUUGCAGCCUUGGCUUUGGACUUUUAUGCUGUUCCUAACCAUUGCAGCAUUCUGCACAGCAUUUGCCCAGCCUGGUGUUGGGAGAACAAAGCUUUCCCUUCAACAUAACUACAUUUUAUUACAGGGGUUUUAAGCUAUGAUCAUGAUUCAGCAAAAGCACAUGUUGGUAACAUGAACUUGUUUUUUUGAAAGUAUUUGGUCGGUAUCUUUGGUGAUUAUUUAAGUGUUUCAACUGGAAAGUAUUGCUUGGAAUUAAAAAAUGUUUCUUGGAAAAUUGUUUAUACAGUAUGUCAUCAUACUCUACCAUUAAAUAUGCAUAUUAUGAACUUGUUUAAAUGA